ACUCAGAUAUUAGAUGGCGCACAUGUAGUUUUUGACCAUUUGCCCAACAUGUUGUUGGUUUAUCUCCAGUUCCCAAAGUCCUUAGUCAUUAGUCAUUGUCCAAAAAUUUUGUGUUCAAUAAAUUAAUUUUCUCCAGACUACAGUGCAGUAAAAAAAAACAACAGCAAUUUAACUGAUAGUGAAAAAAGAAUAUUAAUUAUUAACUACAAUUGAAUACUUUUGAUAUAACUGUGUUAUACUCAUACAAUAAAUAAUCAAUAUAUAUAUUUUUGAUACCCUACAGGAGACGUAUUAAUUAUAUUAAUCAUUAAUUUGGUCAUAUAUAACUUUAUUUUGAAUAACAAAAAUAUAUAAAAUGGAUGAACUUCAAGAUGAACAAGAAAUCAUACAUAAAGCAAAAAUAAAACAAUUAAUUAAGAAUUGCUCAGCAUUAAAAAUGGAUCCUGCAUUAGAAUCAACAGCUUAUGUAUACGAGACAAUUGAACGGACAUAUUCAAUGAUUUGGACAAAAGAAGAAUUACAUAAUGGGGAAAAAAUGUAUUAUUAUUAUAGAGUGCAAAUACUUGGAUUAUAUGAAAACGGUCUUGAUGAAAAUAAAAAUUAUAUACUUGAACAAAAUUGGGGUACUUUUGAUACUGUUAAUCAUCGCAAACGUACUGAAUCAUUACCACUAUCCGUGUGCUUAAGCAAAUUCACAAUUCAAACAACUGAACGAAGCCGAAAUUAUGUCUUUGCUAAAAUAAAAGACAAUGAUAUCGAUGAUGAUGAUUUACCAUUAUCAAUUCGUGAGCUUAUUAUAAGAUAUAUAUUUGACAUUGACUUUUUAAAAAGAAUGAUGGAAGAAUAUACAUUGGAUGUGAAGAGUAAAAUAACUGAAUUCAUUCAAAUAACAGGGGAAUUUAAAAGUAUUAAAUCGAAAUUAUUUGAUUGUCAAUCACCGAGAAAUCUUUCUCUAGAUUAUACCACUCAACUUGAGGCUCAGUAUGAUAUAAUACGUGAAUUUUUGAAUAAAAAAAUUACGUGUCAAUCUAACGGUGAUGAUAAUAAUGAGAGAACUUUUAGUUUAAUGAAUUUUUAUUACAAGCAAUUGCACACGACAAUAGAAGUACUCAAUAUAGAAGAUAGUCGUUAUAAACUAAUUGAAAAAUAUUUUGAAAAUACUAAGUCAGUCAAACAUAACUUCUCGCAAUUAAAAAUAGACAAUGUUUUUGUUAUUGAAAGACCUUGUGAUAAUGAUAGAUAUACUAAAAAUUUAGAAAAUAAAAAAUUACUUUGGCAUGGAACCCGUAUUUCUAAUAUUCCGUCAAUUUUAUAUGAAGGUUUUAGAAUAACUAAAGCUCGAUAUGGAAUGCUUGGUAAUGGAAUAUACUUUGCGAAUUCAGUAUCCAAAUCAGCAAAUUAUUGUGAUAUUAGAAAACACGGUGUUUUAUUUUUGUGUGAAGUUGCGUUGGGUAAUAUGACGGGAUUUAUUAGACUAGAAUCUCCUAAGGAUACUUAUAUAAAAUUACCAGAUGGUUUCAAUUCAGUUUACGCUAAAGGUAUGUGGUCACCUGAUCCAAAUGACUCUGUCACUAUUGAUGAAGAUGUUGUUGUACCUUGCGGUAAACUUACCUCAUUUUAUUCACAUGGUUCUCUUUUACAACAUGAUGAAUUUACUGUUUAUAAUCCAGCGCAAAUAAAAAUGCGUUAUCUUGUAUCAGUUAGUUUUAAUUAAUUUUUUUUUUUAUUAGAAGGCUAAGAAAAAUUAUAUACAGGGUUAUAUAUGAUUUGCAUAUGACUUACAAAUAAUUAUAUAGAAUUAUAUGACAGUUUAUUCAACACUUGGUUAUCUAUAUACAAAUAUAUAUUAUUAUAUAUAAUUACAUACAAUUAUAUAUAAUAAUAUAUAUUUAUAUAUGAUUAUAAAUAAAAAAAAAUGAUAUAUAAUCUAUACCUAUAAAAUGAUAGGCCUUUUUUUUAAACGCGCAUCAGGUAAUGUCAUAAAUCUGUUCUUGUUUUGGCCUGAUAUAACUUUAUUUAAUUUCCUACUUAAUAUUUUAAAAAGUACUGAAAAUACUAAUAAUAAUAAUAAUCAUCAUCAUCAAAUUAAAUUUCUGUUUGAAAGUACAAACAAUUUCAUUUUAAAUGUCUGACAGUAAUUUUAAUUUUGAGAAAUUGUAUUCUGAUGCAGACAAUAUUUUUGAUGAAUAAUAAUUUUUUUUAGUCACUUAGAACACAUUCCACGGUAUGUUAAAUAUUUAUAGUUAACUUACUUUUUGUUUGCUAUUAAGGCAAAAAAAAUUAUCAUUUUUUCAAUACUCAGAUUUCGAACAUAAAUAAUUAUAAUUUAGUUGUAAUUCAUAUAAAUAGAUUAUUUUAUUUUCAUAAGUAAUAAAUAUUCUGUACUGAUUAAAUUUAUGGUAGAUAAUUUUUAGUAAAUAAAAAAAUUAAUUUAUAAAAUACGGAGUUCCCUGAUUAAAAGAAACGAUUCGA